AUGAACGAGUCAUAUCAAUAUCAGCGCCUCGGCACUGCAGCCGCCAUCAGACUAAUAGCAGUGUUACCAGAUCGAGUGGACGAAUCCAUCAUGUGCAAAAUCUAUGACUUUCCGGAGGCAGACAUCCCGACUUCCGGCUACUAUGCUCUGUCUUACUUUUGGGGAGACCCAACACCAACACGAACAAUUCACCUAGAAGAUCGGCAUGGAAAUACGUAUCCGCAUGCUCUCCACAAGAACCUCUGGCAAUUCCUAAAUCACGCGUGGCAGAAGAAAAGCUUUGAUCUUUUGUACUGGAUGGAUUCUCUCUGCUUAAACCAGGAAGAUCACAAUGAGAUCGCCCAGCAAGUCCCGCGGAUGGGCGAGAUAUACUCUGCCGCCGAGGAAGUUCUUAUCUGGCUUGGACAUGAUCAGCAAGGAGAAGAGGACUUGAGACUCGUUCGGGACUGGCCUGAACCCAUAGACUGGUCGCCACUGGGCUCCGACAAUGAAGAAGAACCGAAGCGGACUGAAUGGGCCGAAAAAAGGUUUGACAAGGUGAAGGACGCGGCGGAAGUUGUACUAGCAAGAAAAGUAACGGUCGCAUACGGCAAAGUCGCUCUUGGCCUUGAUGAAUUCCUCUCUCAUGUCAACCCAUUCCGAGAUGCGAGUUCAGAGUUCACCUGGCUGCCUACUAUCUGGUCAUUGGUUGAUUUGCGGAAGACUGGCGGAAAGAAGCCACUUUUGGACCUUAUUUCGGAUUUCGAGCUCUGCAAAAGUAGUCGAACUAUCGACAAAGUGUAUGGAAUCCUCGGUCUGGUCGCCGACUUGGAUGACGGAACUUCUCCAGCAAAAUUGAUCGAGGUCAACUAUGAGAAAAGGCCCUUUGAGGUAUACUGGGAUACAGCAUUUGAGUCCGGAGCUCCGUGGAACAAGUACUCUGAUAUACUAUUUUCGCUUGGUCACCUACUCUGGCACGCAGAAGACGAGACAGGAGACUUUGACUUUUGGACCUUAAAGGAGUAUGCACGGGAGGAGAAUACUUCAGAACAACACGCCAGCGAAGCCGAUUUCUUCCAGGUGUUCCGAAUCUCAAAAUGCGGCGGUCAUGGGCCUCGCUCUCACAGCAAGCGUAAUCGAGAUGCAUUCAAAGUGGAAAUUCCAUCGAAAGUUUGGAUCAUCUCAUGA